AUGUUAUUUUCCUAUCGUUCUUUCUCGUUCGCUUUUUUUGUUAUCUUCUUUUUCUUUUUCCGUUCUCACUUUUUUCGUUUCGUUUCUUUUUCCUUUCUACUGUCUGCUUCUCUCUUUUCGCUUUAUUUUUUUCCUUUCUAUGUUUCCUUCAGUUCUGAAUCUAAAGAAAAUGAAAGAAUAAAAGUCAUUCUUAUUAUCACAUUUUUCUUUUCCUUCUCUAUUUCUCUUUCUCGUUUUUUUUCCUUUCUUUCUUUCUUUCUUUUUAUUUCUUCAAUUUUCAUUCUUUCUAUUUCUCUCCCUUUCCCGUCUCCAUUCUCCUUGCAUUACCUCCCCCUUUCUUUCUUUCUUUCUUUCUUUCUUUCUUUCUUUCUUUCUUUCUUUCGUUCUUUCUUUCUUUCUAUUUCCCUCUCUUUCUCAUCUUCUCUCUUCGCGUUCUUUCCAUCUUUCUUUCAUUUUUCUCUUGUCAUUCUCUCUAUCUCUUUUUCUCCUCUCAUUCUCGCUAUUUCUUGCACUUUCCCCUCUUCUUUCUCUUUGAGUUCAUCUUCCUUUCUUUUUCUCGUUUUAUCCUCUCUAUUUCUCUCCCUUUCUCAACUUCUUUUUUUUUCGCAUCCAUUCCAUCUUUCUUUAUUUUUUUUUCUCUUUUCAUUCUCUGUAUUUUUCCCUUUUUCUCGUUGUCUGUCUCCUUGUGUUCUAUCUUUUUUUCUUUUUUCUCUUCACAGUCUCCCUAAUUCUUGCACUUUCUCGUCUUCUUUCGAUUUCAUUCUCUUCAUCUUUAUUUUUUCUUUUUCUCUCUUCAUUCUAUUUCUCUCUCUUUACUGUCUUCUUUCUCCUUGUGUUCUCGCCAUCUUUCUUUUCCUUUUUUUUCUCUUUUUUAGUCUCUCUAAUUUCUCCUUUCUUUCUUUCGCUAUUUUCACUUUCCUUCUCACUAUUUCUCUCUAUAUAUCUAUAUCUCUCUCUUUCUCGUCUUCUUUCUCCUUUCAUUCUCUCUACUUCUACCCUCUUGUUUCAUUCUUUGCCUUGCUUUUCUUACUUUAUGUUCAUAUCUUCAUUCACACCAUCCUUCUCUCUCUCUCUCUCUUAUUAUCUUGUUUUCGUUCCUCUUUUCACUUUUUCCCCUCUCUCUUUCUCUCAUAUAUUCUUUUUUUAUUUCUUUUCUCUUCUUUUUUCUUACUUUCUUCUCUUUUUCCUUUCGUCAUUUCCUUUUUCCUCUCUUUUUGUUGCUUACAUCGCUUUUCUCUUUUCGUUUUCUUAUUUUCUUUCUUUUUAUUUUUUUCGACUUAUUUUUUCUCCUUAAGUUCACCUCAUUUUUUCCGUUCAUUUUUUCUCUCUCUCUCUCUCUCUCUCUCUCUCUCUCUCUCUCUCUCUCUCUCUCUCUCUCUCUCUCUCUCUCUCUCUCUCUCUCUCUCAUUUAUAUUGCUUUUCUAUUUCUCAUACGUUUCCUUCUUUGGGCCUCGCUCUCUCUUUCUUCGCCUCUAUUUGUUUUUUUGUUUUUUUUCAUAUUAA